AAAGAUGCUGCAUGAACUGUAUUUGAUUGCAGAAAGCAAUAGGAAAGUGACAACAAAAGUCAUUCUUAACGUUUCUUGAUGAUCAAUUUUCCGUUCAAUUUGAGUUGGUUUUGCAAUUGACACCCUCCAGAAGCUAAGGACUUCUUCAUCCACGGACCAAGCUCUUGACUUUAACUUCAAGACAACCAAUCAAACCCUCAACACCAAGAAUAAUCCUCUCUUUUCUUCACCCAUUUAUAACCCCUUCAUCCUCCCAUGUCAUUGAACAUUAAGAAAACAAACAGAACUUUAUCUUUAAACUAUUUGACACAAAUUAAAUGCCAAUGGAUAUGGAAGCUUCAUGUUCAUUCAAAGAAGGUGCAACUGAGAUUGUAUUCUUCGACUUGGAAACUACCGUACCAAAAAGAGUUGGGCAACGGUUUCGAGUAUUGGAAUUUGGUGCUAUUGUUGUCUGCCCUAUGAAACUUGUAGAGCUUGAGAGCUUUGCUACUCUCAUUAAGCCAACGGAUUUAUCUGCUGUUGCGUUGAGGUCUAGCCGACCUGACGGAAUAACAAGAGAAGCUGUUGCAACUGCACCAUUGUUUGAGGAUGUGGCAGACAAGAUAUUCAGCAUCUUGAAUGGAAGGAUAUGGGCAGGUCACAACAUUCGAAGAUUCGACUGUGUUCGCAUUAAGGAGGCGUUUGCGGAGAUUGGCAGGCCUGCUCCUACCCCAGUUGGGAUGGUUGAUUCUUUAGGAGUCUUAACUAACAAAUUUGGCAAGAGAGCUGGAAACAUGAAGAUGGCAUCAUUGGCUUCUUACUUUCAGUUGGGACAGCAAAAGCACAGCCUCGACGAUGUUCGUAUGAACUUGGAGGUUCUCAAACAUUGUGCUACUGUUCUAUUUCUGGAAUCGACCCUCCCAAGCAUAUUGCAAGACAAGUGGAAGACUUCUCCCACCAAAACAACCCGAAACAGAGCCAAUGGGAAGCUGCAUUGCAGAGAGGAAAGUAGUCGAAAAUCUCCUCCAUCAUCACCGGGAUAUCAACUCAGAUCAGUUCCUUAUUCAAGGGAAAGAUUAGGCAUUGGAAAGAUGACAGCUAAGGUAAAGAAUGUACUCUACAUGGCUCAGGGAAAACAGCAUCUCAACGUCUUACUUAAACAUUCUCGAUCGCUAUUACGGUGACUCGAAACCACAUGGUUGUCCUUUGCACUCCAAAUUGUCAUUGUGUUUGUAAUAAGCUGGAACGAAAGAUAUCAAUAUAUUUUCUAUGAAGGACAGGAAGUGUGGAUGUAAAAGAGUGGUAUAUCAUCUUCUUGAUGAAGUACCUUGUCUUUUGGAGAGUGAUUCUUGUUUGUUUUUGGGAGGGAUUCUUUCAUGUACAUAUAUGAAAAUGUAUAAGCAAAAAUCAAUUGGUUUAUUCUUUCAUUACUUCAU